AUGUCCUUCUCCGCCGUCGACAUGCAAACUAAUGGCACUGUUGAGCCCGUGCUAAACAUUAUCAAGAAUGGCUUUGGUGCUGAAAUAAGGGGUCUUGAUUUUGCUUCCGGUGUUAGUGAGGAAUCAUUUCGUUUUCUUGAGGAUGCUGUGAGAAAACAUGGCUUUGCAGUUGUUCGCCGUACUCGACUAAAUGACGAAACACAUCUAGAGCUUGCUCGGAAGUUUGGCGAGCUAGACGAUGUGACUCCUUACAACAUUGCCGGUCGAGUUCAUCGAUUGAGGUAUAAUGAGUUGUUUGAUGUUGGCAACAUCGAUGCCGAUGGCACUAUUACCGAUCUAAGCAGUCCCCGCGGGGAGGCAAACAAGGGAAAUGCUCUGUUCCACACAGAUUCCAGUUUCAAUCCUCGACGAGCAGGCUACUCCUUGCUUCUCGCUCAUGAGCUCCCUCCGCCUGGGACAGGCGGCUCCACCGCAUUCGCCGAUAUGAGAGGAGCCUAUCGUGAUCUCGACCCAGAGUUUACAAAGUUGCUGAAGGAGAGCGACUUCGUUGCUCGCCAUUCUAUCCUUCAUUCCAAGAAGCUGGCUGCUCCUGAGCAUUUCAAGGAUGUCGACCCAGCGAAACAUUUUCUGAGCCGCCACAAACUGGUACAACUUCACGAAACUACUGGGAUACCCACACUUUAUCUCGCCAAGCAUAUUCACUCUCUUGAAAACACAUCGCCUGGGGAAUCGCAAUCCAUUCUUGACAGACUUUUCGAACACGCAACACAAGAUAAGUAUGUAGUAGAAGUUGAGUGGCAAGACGUUGGUGAUUUGGUAGUUUGGGACAACACUUGCACUAUGCACCGAGCCGUUGGGGGAGAGUUCCUCACCAAGUAUAGGCGAGACAUGCGGCGCGCAACAGUACAUGACGACAGCAGUCAGGCUUGGGGAUUGAAUGAACACACAAAUGAAAGGAUGGGCCUUCCUUGA